AAGUCGUAGGAUUCAAACAUUUUCACAACAAUCAAUAAAUAAAUAGACAACCCAUUCCCAUUUCCCAUUUUUGAGCUUACCGCUCCUUUUAUUUGUUCUUCAUCGAUCACAGAUCAAUUGACAGACUAUCUUUGUACGAUCCCAAGGCAUCGAUCGAUCUAGACCGAUGCCUGAGAUCGAACAAUUUCCCAAGGGCAUGGCCCCUUGUAAGAGUAGCAGCUUAUUUGGUAACUAUGAGUUAGGAAAGUUACUUGGUUGUGGCGCAUUUGCUAAGGUUUACCAUGCUAGAGACAUUAGAAAUGCCCAAAGUGUUGCAGUCAAAGUUAUCAAUAAGAAAAGAAUUGCCAACCCAACUUUGAUGACAAAUAUCAAACGUGAAAUCUGCGUUAUGCGUCGACUAUGCCACCCCAAUAUUGUGAAGCUUUUCGAAGUUUUGGCCACAAAAACUAAGAUCUAUUUCAUCAUGGAGUUUGUCAAAGGAGGAGAAUUGUUUAGUAAAAUUUCCAAGGGUCGGUUCAGUGAAGAUCUCAGCUGUAAGUAUUUCCAACAACUCAUCUCAGUCAUACAAUAUUGUCAUUCUCGUGGGGUAUACCAUCGUGAUCUAAAGCCAGAAAAUCUCCUUGUUGAUGAAAAUGGUGAUCUGAAAGUUUCAGAUUUUGGACUUAGUGCCUUAACGGAUCAAGUACAACAAGAUGGACUAUUGCACACGCUUUGUGGAACGCCAGCAUACGUAGCACCAGAGAUUCUAACGAAGAAAGGAUAUGAUGGAGAAAAAGUGGAUAUUUGGUCAUGUGGGAUCAUUCUUUUUGUGUUAAAUGCUGGUUACUUGCCAUUCAACGAUCCAAAUCUAAUGGUCAUGUAUAAAAAGAUUUACAAAGGUGAGUUUCGAUGUCCCAAAUGGAUGUCAUCCGAUCUCAAGCGAUAUUUAUCUCGCCUUUUAGACAAUAAUCCCCUGACAAGAAUUACCAUUAAUGACAUUAUUGAUGAUCCUUGGUUCAGGAAAUGUCUCAGAUGUGUUAAAUUCUUUGAAGAGGAUAUUGACUACUCUAACAGUAUUGAUCACACUAAGGAGCGCCCUCAAGAUAUUGAUAUUAAGAAAACAUCCAUGAAUGCAUUCGAUUUAAUUUCAUUUUCUUCGGGAUUGAACCUUUCCCCAUUAUUCAAUGAGUCUUUUAACCCAAUGGAAAAUUCGGAAAAGGUUGUGGUUAAAGGGUCACCGAAGAAAAUAAUAGAGAAAGUGGAGGAGUUUGCAAAGAAGGAGAAUUUUAAUCUAAAGAGGAUGAGACAAUGGGGAAUGGAGAUCAAAGUGCAAAAUGGUAAAUUUACCAUGACCAUUGAUAUUUACAGUUUAACAGAUUUUUUGGCAGUUGUGGAAGUUGAAAGAACAUAUGGGGAUGCUGGAUUGUAUAAAGAGCUAUUGAAAAAUAAAAUUAAGCCAAUAAUUCUAGGGCAACAACUACCAGAACUCCUGGCUUCUGGUAGCUAGAUUUCACAUGCAUCUAUUGGAUCUUGUUUUUUAUUUUUAUUUUAUUACAUUUAUUGAAUAUGUAAUGCGUAUGAAAAAAGAAAAUGAAAAGCAAUAUUCGUUAGUGUGCUUUGUAAAUUACAAAAAUAUAUGUGUGAAAAGUUAUUAAAGGACAUGGGAAGUUUCAUCAAAUUCCCAUACUAUUAGUUAAA